AUGAAGUCCAGCAUCAUCCAUUUUGCUUCCAUGGCCUCUCUGGGACAAUGUCUCUCCUUGCCACCGUUGAUUCCCAGCAUCCCAGGUGUAACCGAGCCACUGAAUGACCUUUCGCCUCCUCUUCCUAUCUUACAGAUUCCGACGCCUGCGGUGGACAGUCCUCCUUUCACCGCGAGUGAGAUCAAGCCCAAGAAGAUCGGAUACUUCUGGACUGGCUCGGGUGAUAAAAAGCAUAAGGAUUUCUUGGCUACGUACAGUCUGGAUGAUGACACAUUCGGCACUCUCCUUUGGAUCACCGACGUGCCGUCCAGUGGCAACGAACCUCACCAUCUCGGACCCUCCAUUGACGGUAAAACCUUAGUUGGAGGCGGACUUCUUUCCCUCCUAAAAACCCAGGACACCGCAUUCUACUUCGACACAUCCAACCCCUACCGUCCCAAGUUCAAGAAAAGCAACCGCGGCAUUCUCGCCUCCAUUGCCGAUGAGAUCCGCGCCAAACCGGAGGGCGGGUUCUACAUCACUUACAUGGGCUCUGCGGUCGGCACAUCCCCCGGGCGUCUGGUUGAGACCGACGCAGAGUUCAACAUCAUCCACGAGUGGCCGGAGGAUGUCGAGGGGACAUUGAACAUCCUCGGCGAGCAGUUCUCGCCGCAUGGACUGAGCAUUGACUGGGAGAGGAAGCUCAUUCUGACUUCGGACUACGUCGAGCCGAUCAGUAUCCUCAAGCCGAGUUUGGGGAUUAAGCGAGCGGAUACGCUGCGUCUGUGGGAUUUGGAUUCAAAGAAGAUUCUGAACACGAUUACCAUUCCUGAAGGUGGCGGUAUUCAAGAUAUCAAAUUCAUUCCCGGCAACCCCGACGGUGCAGCCCUGGCCACGGCAGUUCAUCUGGGUCAAGUAUGGAUCAUCUACCCCGGACAGGCAGAUGAGAACGGGAAGCCUGGCCGAGCAGAGCUGCUAUAUGACCUGGGACCGAAAGCACGCGACACAGUCGCUAUUUACACCGAUAUCACGCAAGACGGCCGCUUCUUCUACCUCACUCUCACAACAUCAAACCACAUCGCGGCGCUCGACAUCAGUGAUCUCAACAACAUCAAGCGUCUUGACAAUCCAGAUGAGGAACAGCCCACCGUUGGUCCGCACUAUAUAAAGGUCACCCCGGACCAAAAACAUCUCGUGGUCACGGAUUACUUUGUCCAGACCGGCGAGAUCGGGCUGAUUAACACGCCGGCCGACUUCAAGGCGCUGUACAUUGAUCUGAACGAGGACGGAAGUCUUCAAUUCAAUCGCACUAUUGACUUUAACAAGGAAUUUCCGGAACGUGGAGGUGGGAAGCCGCAUUCGAGUGUGGUGUUUGACUUGAGCGAUCCGGAGAAUCCGCUUUAUUAUUAG